UUGCAGCCACUGUAGACUUUUCACUGAACCAUCAUCAGCUUAACCCUUUCAAACACCGCCCCAUCUGUGCAUAGUUAGGCAUAACUUACUUAUCUACCUCCCACGCAGCCUGAACUUUUCAGUUAAAGCUUUGGCAAUGACUAUUCCUAUGGUGCUUGAUAUUCUGUUUCCACCCACUUUGCUCCUCACUGGAGCAUCUGUUUUAACUCUAUUAUCGCUGGCAAUUCUUUGGGGUUUUAGAAAUUAGAGGGAUUAACAUGAAAUAUUCCAAGUUCGUCAAUGCUGCUUCUUCUUCUUCUUCGAUUAGCUUUAAAGUUCCCAGUAGAGUUGGCAUGUUAUUGCUCUACACACCAGCUUUCCUUGUCGGUGUUGCUUCCUUUUGGCUUUACCCAGCUGAUGACUCUAGAUUUCUUUUCCUCAAAUCUGCCGUUACCAUCCAUUUCUUUAAGAGACUUUUUGAGGUGAUUUUCAUUCAUAAAUACAGUGGAGAGAUGUCUCUAGACACAAUAAUAAUUAUACUUGUCAGCUAUUUCUUUGUCAGUUUAAGCCUGAUUUACACACAAACUUUCAAUCAAGGACGCUCAGAACCGUCCAUUGAUUUGAAGUACCUUGGAAUUGUGUUGUUUUUAAUAGGAAUCAGUGGCAAUUUCUACCACCAUUGCAUUCUUUCCCAGCUAAGAACAAAGGGUGACAAAGAGUACAAGAUCCCCAAAGGUGGUUUGUUUGAGUUGGUGAUUUGCCCACACUAUCUGUUUGAGAUUUUAGGGUUCUUGGGAAUUAGUUUGAUUUCUCAAACAUUGUACUCAUUUUCUACCACUCUAGGCAUUGCUGUGUACUUGAUGUGCAGGGGUUAUGUCACCAGGAAAUGGUACAUGUCUAAGUUUGAAGAUUUUCCCAAAGAAGUCAAAGCUGUAAUUCCAUAUGUGUUUUGAUGCAUGGAUGAAGGCUUUAAUGUACACCUACCGGAAGGAGAUUUAAAUUGAUAUUGCUACCCAAGAAAUCUCGAGAAAA